UCCUGUUUGUGGGAAUAAUGCUGAUAUCGCCAAAACCUACAAUCCUCUCACUGGAUUCUGGAUCAAUGAAAGAGAGAGAGGGCAGAGAGGGGUGUCUGCGUGUGUAUUUUCAGCCACAGCUGUUGAGCUACCCCACGUACGUGCUCAAACCCGGAGAGACACGCAGAAAGCAGAGAGAAGGAGGAGACCAUCCGUCUCUUCGCUCUGCAGAGGCGUGUGUAAAACCCAUCAGCUCCCGGAUUUGCCUCCAACUUUUCUUUUUUUUUAGUUUAGUUUUUUUUUCCCCGCACGUUUAUUUCUUCCUUGUCGCAUUCCUUCGAGCGUUUGGGAUGACCACUUUUCCCGCCUGCGUCGUUUCCAUGUCAGCAUGGGAACUGCCGUGUCCAAAAGGAAGAAUCUGAGAAACGAUGCGAUUUCUUCCGUGGCAGCAAAAGUUAGAGCAGCGCGAGCAUUUGGAGAGUACCUGUCACACACGCACCCUGAAAACCGAAACGGAUCAGCUCACCUUCUGUGUGAAAACUUGGUGGGUCCUGAUCCAGAGUUGCCAAGUGACACGACUGGACUCCACAAUAACAUUCACCUCCCUCCCUGCUCCUCUGCUAAAGGCUGUACAAACAAACCAGAUCCUAUCCUGGCAAAGGAAAAGCUGGGCUUAAAUCAGCCUCCUCUCUCAUCCAUCACCAUUUCUACCAAGCCGACUUGUCACUUGCUUGAACAUAGCUUUGCAGCAGAGGAAGACCAGAAGACACCUGCUGAGUUCACUCGUGUGUACACCAUCACCUCACACCACGGUAUGCUGAUGAGCAGUGGUCAGGGCAGUAAAGAGAGCCUAGAACUGGACAUCCUGAAGGAGAAGUCGAGGAGCGGUGGGGUAGGGUCUAAAGGUGGCCCGAUCCAGCCCUCCACCUCACCAUCCUCCGCCUCCUCAUCUCCAACUCAGUUCAUCCGCUCGAGCAGCAGUCGUGGCAUCAGCAGCUAUAGCCACAGUCACCACCACCACCACACCAACGUCUCUGGAACAAUUACCUCCAGCAGCAGUGGUGGAAUCAGUGGGGCAAGUGGAUGCAGUAGUAGUCACCAACAACAGCAAGCAGUUGCAGGGUCUCACUCCCAUCACACAUCUCAUCACCACAGCCAUCAUCACCAUCACAUAUCCCAACCACCACUGCAGACCUCUGUCAGCGCCCACAACAUUCGUAGCCUUGGUGACAGUGGGAAAGGAGAAGCAGAGUGCAGUGGGCUGGCUUGCGACUCGUGCAGCGGUGCCCCUUCGCGUAGCCAGGGGUCAUUGGACCUGGAAAGUACAUCACGAGAGGCAGGCAAGCAGCACCGACGCCUAGAGCGGAUGUGGAGUGUGGACCGGGUGACUGGGCUGGAGAGAGAGGACACCAACUGGUUCCCCAAGGAAAACAUGUUCUCCUUCCAAACAGCCACAACAACAAUGCAGGCGAUAUCGAACUUCCGCAAGCAUCUUCGGAUGGUGGGCAGCAGAAGGAUUAAAGCUCAGACAUUCGCUGAACGUAGAUCGAAGAGUUUCAGCAGGUCCUGGAGUGACCCCACCCCAGUCAAGACUGACUCUCCUCAUGAGGCGAAAGACAGUGGAGAACUGCAGACCUCCGGUAACGCCCUGGAAGAUGGAGCCCUGGAUGAUGCCCUAGACUGGGAGGAGGAGAAAGAGAUGGAGAGGCUAGCCUGUGAAGGAGAUGACUUUGUUCCUCCCAAAAUCAUGCUGAUCUCCUCUAAGGUUCCCAAAGCAGAGUACAUUCCUACCAUAAUCCGCAGGGAUGAUCCAUCCAUCAUCCCCAUCCUCUAUGACCAUGAACAUGCAACUUUUGAUGACAUUUUGGAGGAAAUAGACAAGAAGCUCACAGCAUACAGGAGAGGAAGCAAAUUCUGGAGGAUGCUUAUCUUCUGUCAAGGAGGCCCUGGACAUCUGUAUCUGCUGAAGAACAAAGUGGCAACCUUUGCUAAAGUGGAAAAAGAAGAAGACAUGAGCCAAUUCUGGAGGAGAUUAAGUCGCUUCAUGAGUAAACUCAACCCAGAGCCCAAUGUGAUCCACAUAAUGGGAUGUUAUGUUCUGGGAAAUCCCAAUGGUGAAAAGCUGUUCCAGAAACUGAAGAAUCUGAUGAGGCCAUAUUCUGUUGAGUUUGAGUCACCGCUGGAGCUGUCUGCACAGGGCAAAGAGAUGAUCGAGAUGUACUUCGAUUUUCGCCUUUACCGCCUUUGGAAGACACGCCAACACUCUAAACUCUUGGACUACGAGGAUCUUUUGUGACAAAGACACCGGUCAAAGAGUGCAGAGGUAGCCCAACAGUGCCAAGAGGACACUGUUAAAACUGAUGAUCCAGGAGGAAAAGCAGCAGCAGGACAAUGACGAUGAUGGGCUGUAGAACAACAGAGCUGUGAAAAAAGUUUCUUUACAGGAAAAAAGUGAGGUUAACACCCAAAAAGCUGAAAAAUCCAUACAAAACUUGUCAAAUCAUGUUUUCUUUACCCGUUGAGUUUCAAAAAUAUAAACUGAUUAUUAAAAAUAUAUACAUAUACAGUUUUUGCCAAACUGUUGUUGCAAUGAUAUGCUUUCUGGGGGCGAUGUGCUUCAGAUAAAUUGCUGUAACUCAUCCUGUCCCAAUGUGGUUCUGUGUUUUGACCUCUCAGACUGGCCCCUGAGACAUACAUAUACAUAGAUAAUGUUAAAGUGUGUAUAGUUCACAUGAAUAUAUUAGUAUAGCCUUAGUCAUGCAAAUAAUACUCUAUAUUGGAUCAUCAUUUAUUUUUGAUGUGCAUUGUUGUGCAGAGUUUCAUAUGGAAAUAUUUUGAAAUAACUCAGGUUUUUGCCAUGAAUUUAAUGAGUCAGUUUAUUCAACGACAAUAUUACAAUAUUCCGCGCCAUUGCUUUGAAUGAAUGUAUUAUCUCUCUAGAGAUCUGUAUGAAUAUGAAUGUUUUGAGAGGGAAAAAAAAUGUUGAGUGUUUUCGUUUAAAAAAGCGUGCGUUUUCUCCUAAAUCUCCUUUAAGCAAAAAGAAUAAUUGCCAGCAUUGCCAUAAAUAUCCUUUUGUCAUGUCAAUCCCAAAAGGAUGACAGUCUAGUGAGAUUCAUGAUGUCAAAGGAUGUAACAGCCAUCCAAGGGCUCCUACAACUGAGGAGAAAGAGUUUCCCUAAAGAUCAAACCCUGUUCUUUUGCAGAUGGAUCAGUCCUAACAAUGGGACCAGCGACUUUUUUUUUGCUUAAAUUACUCACUGUUUCUCUUAGUAGGAGCCAAACAAGCCUGCAGCACCUCUAACUUUACUGGGUGUCAUUCUGUAUUGAGGACCAGAGUUUUCUGAAAUGAAGAUGUCUACCAGAGUACCAAGCUGUGAGGAGAUAAAUGGCUGAUGGGUGUCAAUUUAUUUAAAAAGAGCAUAAAGAUGCACUCGUAAAGAAGUCGAGCAAUUCCAGCUGUUUCAGACAGAUUAAGGAUGGUCUAGUGCCCGCAAAGGCAUACAUACAUAUUGGGGUUAGGACCAAAAUACAUUUAGAGACAAAGUUAGAAGGGCACACUUACCACAGCCUAUACAUAAUUCAGAUGUUGUGCUUGUUAUGAGCACAGUUGCUAGUGGAAACAUGGUUCUGAUGUCCGCUGUGGCUCAGGGGGAGGAUUUCUGAGGGAAAUAAAACAGAGCUCAUCUCAGCACCGGCUUUGGACUUCAAAUUCAUCCAGAUUCAUUUGUGACAACACUGAUUGUGUGGACAUGUGUGGGAGUCUAUCUACAGUAGGGAUAGAUGGAAAAGCUGCCAUGUUCAAUAGCAGAAAGUGAAGGACAGAGGUUGAUUCAGUGAUUGGUUAAUGAGGCUAGAGUUAAAACCUAUUAAAAGGCAGGUACAUCUGACGAGAGAAAAGUAGUUUUACCCUUUAUAAAAGUGUAGAUGUUGGAACUUUUACAGCCCUUGUGCUUUUUUUCAAUAUAUCAUCCAAAAGACUUCAAAGAAAACUGAUGAGAAAUUAUAACAGUUAGUUUAUCUAAAUUAUAAGAAUUUAACCUUUUCUUAUCUCUGAGUCUUAUUUGUUUACAGUACUCUGGAGUUUAUUGGCACCUUUGGCAAAAAUAAAUUCAGCUUUUAUUGCAGUUAAAUAAUCUUUCGAAACCAACCUUUAAAUUUGAGAACUUUUGGAUCCUCUGUUAAGAAAUAGUUGUUUUUAACAAAAUUACUGGUGCUACUCUGAUGCCGUUAAUCUCCCAUAACAUUUCAUAAUACUGAAGUAUAUAGAGAGAGGCAUCACUCUGCGCUUCUUGGGAUUAAGUUCGCCAUGGAAGAUGUUAAAUCAUUUCUGUGUAGACUUGGCCAUAUGUUUCGGCUCAUUAUUGCACUAAAAGUACCAAUGAUGAACCAUUGUCCAUUUUUUGGAAGAGGCAACUAGAUGCUCCUGGUAUUUUAAAGAGUUUCAUACACUCUAAGAAGAUUCCCAGGAACUUUAUAGGAGAAAUAGGACCCUUAUUAUGCCAGACCCAACUGCAGUCUUUGGCCCUGACAAGCUCAAUCUUCUCAUUUAACCAAACCAUUCAGUUACGGUUAAAGUCUCAGUAGAGUUUCACAAACCCCAUGGUUAUGGAGAGGCUUUUUUAUUUUGAUUUUUUUGUUUUUCCUAUUUUGAAGAAUGGCCAGUGAAUUUGUAGGCAAUAAUUAUUUUUUUAUGCGUUUUUGUUUUCCCUGCACUGAUUAAAUGUAGUUAAUUAAAUGUAGUUAAUAAAAGUUUGAGAUUAUGCUACUGCAAUAAAAUAUGGAUUGAAUAUACUGUAAGUCUUUUUAGACAUCAUCAUGGGAGCAAAUAAUUGUGGCAUGCUAUGUAAUUGAUUUCAAAGGAAAUGUUAGUUUUCAAUGGAAAAUAUGGAUAACUCCCUAUGAGCUUUAAAUAAACGGUUGCACAUGUAGGAAAGCUAGCCUAUCAACAUUCGGGCCCAGGGAAAAAUCCAUAUAUCCCCUUUCAUCUUUCUUUUAUCUUCAAACUCUAGUAGAUUGCAAUGUACAAAUAAUAAAUUUAUAUAUUUGAUGGACAAAAACAAAAAAAUCAAAUCCCUAAAAUCACUGUCGGCUGCCUUGAUUUUUAGAAGUGGGCGUUUUGACAUUAACGAAGCCAAAUCUGGAUUCUGUCUUUUUUGUCAGAGCCAACAUUUACUGUCAAAAUGUUUGAAACAAUAUUUAAUUCAAGAUUUUUUAAUAGGCCACAGUGCAGAGGUCAGCCAAUCAGAGUAAUUGCACAUUGUCCCUCCUAAAGAUAAGUUACUCUUAGUUCUAAAAAUCUGUAAUGCUGCAAAGAGUAAAACAGUGAAAUUAGACCAGUCAGGUGUUUGCAGAGAAGUUGGUGGAGAAAGUGAACUGUUAGUGUAGGGGUUAAGUGGUCAUAGCUUUGAGUAACACACAAGACAAUGCUGUCUAUAUUUCAGAAGUAGAAUUUCUUCAUACUUUUUCUUUUGUCAAUAUACUGUAUGUGGAUUUGUUCGAAUGUAAUAAUGUGUUGAACCGUUUUUUUGUUUUUUUUGGGUUAAAAACUCUCUAGAUAAUUUUUUUCAUUUUCAUUUCUGAUGUGUUUGCUGUUUCUGACAUUGCAGUCCUGGCCUGUUUCUCUGGAACAGCCAAGUGCUCUCCUCUCUUCUCUCUCUCUCAGCCUGAGUCACGCAAUAUGUUUUCACUACAGAUUUAAAAUUCAGCAGUUACACAACCUGUCAUCUCACAGAGCCAUUUUAAUUCCAGCGAAAGCACUGAGCUGCCAAAUUCUCCAAGAAGUCGCCCUAAACAGCUGCUGGGUUUUAAUGGGAUUAUUUUUCAGAGCUUUCACCCCAGCAUAAUUUUCCACAUCAGAAACACGGCAGCCACAGGUUAUUUCAGUCAAAAAAGUGCCACAGGAUAAAAAUAAUCUAUUACAGUAUCUGCUUUGUGGAAAAUCUCUUACUCGUUUGGGAUUCUGUUGAAUUCAUUUGGGAGGAUAAGGUGAGGGGCAUCGUGACUCAGGAGUUUCAGAGAGAUUUCUUUUUGUUUCUAUCAUUAGCAAGAGAAAAAUGAAGGCGAUUCACUGGAAAUCUAAUUAAAGAUUCUAAUGAGUUCA